AUGUCUGGAAAAGUAGACAUAAAACCGGGUUCGUCUAUUAGUGAAAUUUUACGUGGAUUCGAGAAACAAUUAGGUUUUAAAAAUGAAAUAAAAUGGUCAACUGCAAUUCCUAUAGUUUUGUAUCACGUAUUAGCUGUGUAUUGGUGCUAUCAUUAUGCUUUCCCUGUGAAAUGGCAGACGCUGCUUUUCGAAACUAAUACAAUUUCAGCUAUAGUAAUAUACUUUAAUUACUUUAAGCUGAUGUUCUGCUACAUCUUGCCGACGACGUUGGGGAUUUGGCUGUGGGGAGAACAGUGGCGCUGCGCGGUUGCAUGGCAAUGCUUCAUACGAUUUCUCGGCAUGUUCCAUAGCGAGCUGACUGUUAAUAGCCUAGCUCAUGCAUACGGAUACAGGCCGUAUAAUAAGAAUAUAAUACCGAGGGAAAACCGUUUCGUGGCGACGUGUACACUCGGCGAGGGCUGGCAUAACUAUCACCACGCAUUUCCAUUCGACUACAAAGCCGCGGAGCACUUUGAUGCAUUCAACUUUUGCACCACUUUUAUAAAUGGCUUCAAAUGGCUCGGCUGGGCGUACGACCUGCGCGAAGCUACACCGCAGAUGAUCAAUGGACUGGCGAAUAGACUCGGCGACGGAACACCGCUGCAUUACCCACUCGCUGAACAAACAGACGACUGAAUACUGCAUAGUUUUAAAUACGUUUAACAUUAA